AGUAUCAAUGGAAAUGCCAUGACCCUGAUCAGCUGAACCGUCUCGUUCAUCUUCUACUCUGCUCAAAAGGAGUCUCUCUCUCUCUCUCUCUCUCUCUCUCUCUCUCUCUCUCUCUCUGCUUAUUCAGUCACCUUGCACCAGAGAAAGGAAAGAAAAAUAGAAGAUGAAGGAUGCUUCUGCUGUCAUCAGUUUCUUGGUUUUCUUCCUCCUCUUGUGCUCUCCUUGGAUUGCUGCUUCACUCGAUGACCCCCAAUAUGAUCACACUGCUUACACCAAGUGCAAGGAGGAGCCAGAAAAGCCACUCUACAAUGGAGGCAUCCUCGAGCCUCAUCUGCUUCCACAAUCUGCUUCUUCUUCUCCAGCUCUCCUGUUGCGCAAUCUCACCACAUCAACUAAAUACUCCUUCUCUUGUUGGGUGAAGAUACAGAGUCCGGAUUCAGAUUCAGCUCUUGUCACGGCCAGUUUGAGGACAGAACAUGAAGUAUACAAUUGCAUAGGCACCGUCGCAGCGAAGUGUGGUUGCUGGUCGUUUCUCAAGGGCGGAUUCACUUUGGAUUCGCCAUCAAACUCCUCUACACUGUCCUUUCAGAGCUCAGAUAGCAGAGAUAUCACCAUAGCGAUCGCUAGUGCUUCACUCCAACCAUUCACUGAUCAGCAAUGGUGGAGGAAUCAACAAGACGUGAUAAACAAAGUAAGGAAGCGUGCCGUGAUGAUCCAUGUAUCGAAUAAUAACGGAGACAGGUUACAAGGAGUGGAAGUUAACCUGAAGCAAGUCUCCAAAGAUUUCCCAUUUGGAUCUGCCAUAGCCAAGACCAUUCUUGGGAAUGGGGCUUAUCAGAAAUGGUUUGUCGAGCGAUUCAAUGCAGCAGUAUUUGAGAAUGAACUCAAAUGGUACGCAACCGAGCCGCACCCCGGACAGAUCAACUACACUAUCGCAGAUGAAAUGCUGGAGUUCAUCCGAGUGAACCGGAUUGUCACCAGAGGCCACAACAUCUUCUGGGAGGACCCAAAAUACACACCGGAGUGGGUCCGGAAUCUCGUAGGGGCCCAACUCGAGUCUGCUGUCAACACCAGGAUCCAAAGCCUGAUGAGCCAAUACAGGGAAGAAUUCGUACAUUGGGAUGUUAGCAACGAGAUGCUCCACUUCGAUUUCUAUGAGCAACGGCUCGGGCCCAAUGCGACGCUGCAUUUCUUCCAAACGGCACAUGAGUCGGAUCCGUUGGCGACCCUGUUCAUGAACGAGUUCAAUGUGGUGGAGACCUGCAGCGAUGCCAACUCCACUGUGGACAGCUACAUCUCGACGUUGAGAGAGCUCAAGCGCGGUGGUGUUUCAAUGGACGGAAUUGGCUUGGAGGGUCACUUCACAGUGCCGAAUCUGCCUCUGAUGAGAGCUAUCCUAGACAAAUUGGGCGCACUCAAGCUUCCUAUAUGGCUCACCGAGAUCGACAUUAGCUGCACCCUCGGUAAGGAGGCACAGCAGGCUAUUUAUCUGGAAGAAGUAUUAAGAGAAGGUUUUUCGCAUCCUUCCUUGAACGGUAUCAUGCUUUGGACUGCCCUCCAUCCUGACGGGUGCUACCAAAUGUGCUUGACGGACACCAACUUCCAAAACCUUCCUGCUGGCGACGUGGUGGACAAUCUUCUGGCGGAAUGGAGGACCAAGGAGGUCAUCGGGACGACCGACGAGCACGGGUCAUACAGUUUUGAGGGAUUCCUCGGCGAAUACGAAGUAAGCGUCAAGCUUGAAGAUCAAACUGCGAAUUCAACAUUUGCACUAUCUCAAGGUGUUGAAACAAGGCAUGUGACCAUUCUUUUGUGACCCAUAAAGAAUCUGAAGGCAUAUGCAUAGUUAAAGUCAGUUAUCAAAGUCCCUAGAGUCGAUACUGCAGUAGCCUACAAGGUACAGACUAGAAUCAAAACCAUUUUUUUCUCAUUUUGGUUUUCUUUUGGCUUUGAUCUGGAUCUUCAAGCUUUUGAACCUGUCAUUGUUCUUGAUUCUCUCCCGCAAUUUUCAUGCUGAUCUCUGAAGGAUUGUAUUAGCAUUUAAUUCCAAUUGACAAGAGAACUAGUCAUGCCUCUGCUUCUGAAUUAGAUCCUUUCUCACAA